UUGCCAAGAUAGCGUCGCACUCGCUCAACACAGAACUCUGCAACUCAAAACCUACACACUCUGCCUAACGCUCUCGCUCUCUCGCCCCUUCUCUGACCAAUGGCUUCUCUGCAGCUGAAUUCCAAAUCCUUCACAGCCCCAUUUCGCCACAACAACAACGCUUCACUCCCCAAGCAAUGCCCUCCUAGAUUGGGCAGCAUCAGGUGCGGCGCGACCACACCCACCAGACGCUACUCCAUCACUCUCCUACCUGGCGAUGGCAUCGGCCCCGAAGUCAUCUCCGUCGCUAAAGGCGUCCUUAGCCUAGCUGCAUCACUUGAAGGUAUUGAAUUUGGUUUCCAAGAGAUGCCUUUGGGAGGAGCCGCUUUAGACUUGACUGGAGUUCCAUUGCCAGAUGAGACACUAUCGGCAGCUCGGCAAUCUGAUGCUGUUCUUCUUGGAGCAAUUGGAGGGAAAUUUUCGUCCACUUAGUCAACGCUUCAACUUUGAAAAAAGAGGUCGCUGAAGGUGUUGACCUAAUGGUUUUAAGGGAGCUCACAGGCGGUUAGUUUCCAAUAUUUAUUUGUCUUUCGUGCUUGAAUUUUUAUAAGUAUGAUAUGGAUGAUUGUGUGUUAUUUCCUUGUUUGAACAGGAAUAUACUUGGGGAAACCAAGGGGUUUUAGUUCCAAUCAAAAUGGUGAGGAGAUUGGUUUUAAUACUGAAGUAUAUGCAACAAGUGAGGUAACUUUUUUUUCUUGUAUUGUCACAACUGUAAACAUAAUCAUAUCUUUUUCUAUUUGGGGUCUCUUUUCCUCAACCUAUGAGCGAUUGCACCUCCCACAAUUUCAUUGUAUGACUCAUUAACUUGAUGAAGUUGUAGUCAGCACAAUUCUGCCGAUUAUGUGCAUUAUUCUAGAUAGGUAUUGAAAUUCUACUUCCCCCAUCAAUCAUCAAUGUUUGUUCUCCUUUGUUUAAAGGAUUUUGAUUAAUAUAUUCUACCACUUCUUCAUUGUAUGUAAA